AAUAGUUAAAUUUCGAAUCGUUUCGUUUCUCACCAGGAUAAUAAAAGUCGAAAACUCUGCUCGUUUUAUUACUACUACAUGUUUAUUUCUACCGUUGAAUUAUUUUUAUCUAAAGUGUACCAUCACUUAGAAUCGAAUAAAUGGUCGCGCCUCCCAUGUUUUUACAGCCUUUUAAGAGACACGCAUAUACCCCUUUGAGUAUAAGAGCACGUUGUGUCACUGCGCGGCAAUCGGGUGCGAAUUUACGUAUGAAUUACGCAGCCAUAAGCAGAGAUAUACGUACACACAUGAGUACACUACACACCUAGGUGCGUCACGCACAGUUUCCCACACUUUCGCCGUACUCUAUAAACGCCCUUGACAAUAUUCCCAACGUGCAUCGAUAUUUCUUUCGGCUAAGGGAUGAAGUUCUUUUAAUUAGACGAAUCGUUACACAACAAUCAUCGCGUUAACAGGAAUAAUAAAGAGCAACGUCUACCGAUUGUAGAAGUAAUGGAACGGCAUUGUUGAACACACAUUGAAAGGGUAAUAAGAAAUGGAGAGGUAAUCAAUACGUACCUUCUCCUUAUACAUGAACAAUGACACAUGUUAUAAUCUGAAUUUUCCACACUUCUGCAAAACAUUGGUUGUAUUACUGCACUGUUAUAUCCAAAUUUUUUAAUUCAAAUUUUAAAUUCAUUAAUAGACACGAAAUAUGAAAAGUGUUACUAUUGUACGUAGAAGAAAGUCGAUGCGUGUAUCAUAAUAAAGUGAUGGUUAGGUAUAAUAAUAUAAAAUGGUGAUAGUUACCCGUAAAACUUAUAGUGUUUGACAUAAAAAGACAUCUAUUUUUAAAGAAAAAGUAUACGAUGUAUUUUGCUAAUUUUGGUAAUACCAUUUCUAUUGACUUAUUCGUUUUAUAGUCGAGGCGGGAGAAAAUCGAGGAAAUUUAUUCUCUUUAUUUACUAUACACACCUAUUUCCCCCUUGCCGGUGCUUUAUGAAUUUUUUACAUUUGCUAUUAAUCCCACGGCAAACUGAACGUCACCUUUACAAUUAUCUUAUGAGUCUAAGAAAGAAAAAUUUAUCGUCUACCUAAAUUCGAUACAUGGAGGGGGAAACACAGGUUUGCAGCGUUAGGCCUGACAUACGCAUUUCAGCUUUCGUGGAAGAUGGACUUGGGUGGAGAACGGUAUUAUAAGCUGAAUAGGAUUUUUCUGUUGUCUCUCGGUCUGUGGCCUGAUGACAUUUCAACUUUCAAGAAAGUACAAAUAAUGUUUUAUCAAACGUUAUUCAUAUCCUUCCUAAUAUGUCAGUGCAUUCCAUUGUUUAUAAAACAGUACAGCAUCGUGUGUAUUAUUAAAAUGUUGUCAUACAUUGUUAUGACUUGUGUAUCUAUUCUGACGUAUAACACAUGUCUGCUACUCAACGAUAACAUCAAAUAUAUCUUCGAUAGAAUUCAAUACGAUUGGAAUAUGUUAAAAGCUCAGGCAGAAUUGGAAGUUUUACGAAAAUAUGCAAACGGAACAAACUUCCAUAUAAUCUGUGUUUUUCUUCUGAGUACGAGCGCUUCGUUGGUAUUAGUUACAAUAAGUUGUUUUCCCCGUAUACUUGAUGUGUUUAUACCAAUGAAUGAAUCACGUUCGCUACAAAUGAUAAUUACUCUGGAAUACUUUGUCGACGAAGAAACAUACUUUUUCGCUAUUUUGACGCAUAUGUUCUUAACUUUUUAUGUUGGAAGCAAUACAAUAAUAACUAUUGUAACAGUGCUCCUAAUAUACAUUUCGCACAUUUGCGCUUUGUUUAAAAUCGCCAGGUAAAAUAAGAAUCUUAAAUAUCUCGAAAAAUUACAGGAAGUCAAGGCCAAGAGAGUCAAAGUAAAAACAUUAAAAUGUGUUUGCUAUAAACAAUAUAUUUGACAUCGCA